AUGUGGAUGUUAGUCAUUACUGCCGUCGCUAUGAUGACCAUGGAGUUUCUGCCAAAGGUGCCUCUGCAGAUUUUCAAGGUGAUCCCCUCGUCAUUGAUGGCGAUCCUGAUGGCCAUCCUCUUGGAGUUCGCCGUUGUGCGGAAUUGUGGCUCUCGCACCGCCACCAUUGGUGAUGUCAGCGAGUUCACUCGGGAGACGGCCUUCCCCAUCCCCUUCUUCGUGAAUUCACCAGCCACGGGCUAUGACUUGCACAAGAUCGUGGGCUCGUGGAGUGCCAUUCAGAAUAUCAUUGUCCAGGGUUUCCUUGGCAUCAAAAGUCGGGCAUUGGUGGAAGUAU